AUGACUAUGGAAGCAGCAAUCGGGCGGUUUGCUGCAUGGGUUCAAGGCUAUCUUGCAUCUGAAUCAUCUACUUCAUUACCAAUAUCGACGUCAGCUACUCAAAUUGCCUCUGCUCGAUUGUUUUGGAACAAGGGAAAUACAGCACCAAAAACUGCAGGUGAUGUUUACGAGUCCAUGCUAGGUGCUGUAUUUGUAGAUUCUCAAUUUGAUAUACACUGCGUGCAAAGCAUGUUUGACAUCACAGUGAUCUCACCUUGGUGGUGGCGAUUCACAUCGCUGUUUGGUGGAGAAUCAAUGAUAUACGAGAACCCAGUUGCUGAAUUGCGAACCUUGUCCUAUUCAUUGUUUAAAUGUGUCAAGAUAGAUUACACAUAUGAAUAUGGUCUACAUGGAGGUACUACCGCAACUAUCACGUAUCACAACAUGGUAUUGGCUCAAUGUCUCGGCACUGGGCAACGCGAUGCCAAAAAAGCAGCGGCAUGUACAGCCGUCGAGUAUGUCAAUACGCAUAAAGACGAGCUAAAAGACUUGUGCGAUUGUGCACAUCAGCAAAAACAGGAGUCCACAGAGAAAAAAGUAUAUGCAGCCGAUAGCAUCAUUUGUCUUGAUUCAGACAAGGACAAGCCGACACGGUCUAAUAAGGAAUCGGCUCGGCUUUCUAUCGAGUAUGCAACAACUACUGAUCAACAAGAUCCGGCAAGUGAUUGGGGUGAGUCUGUUGAUCAAGCAACGCAUGCACCACUUGAAUCUAUUGCAAUUUCACCCGAUACUUUGUAA